AUGUAUAAAGUGUUGGCAAAGGUUCUUGCAAAUCGACUACGUUCUAUUUUGAGUUAUGUGGUGUCUGAUAAUCAAUCCGCUUUUGUGAGAGGCAAACAAAUUCUGGAUGGCAUUCUUAUUGCAAAUGAGGUAGUUGGUGAAGCAAAACGUUCGAAGAAAGAUUUAUUAUUGUUCAAAGUUGAUUUCGAAAAGGCUUAUGACUCGGUUGAUCUCAAUUAUUUGCAUUAUGUGAUGCUUAAUAUGAAUUUUCCAACUCUUUGGCGGAAGUGGAUAAUGGAGUGUGUUGGAACAGCUACAGCUUUGGUCCUUGUCAAUGGGUGUCCGACAGAUGAGUUUCCUAUCCAGAGGGGGCUUAGACAGGGGGACCCUUUAUCGCCUUUUUUAUUCUUACUAGCGGCUGAAGGUUUUGAUGUUUUGAUGAAGGCUUCAGUAUCGUCAAAUUUAUUUAAUGCUUAUGGUAUUGGACCUCAAAGUGAAAUUAAAAUUUCUCACCUACAGUUUGCGGAUGAUACUAUCAUUAUUGGAGAAAAAUGUUGGUUGAAUGUUCGUACCAUUCGGGCGGUAUUAUUAUUACUUGAAGAGGUGUCCGGAUUGAAGGUAAAUUUUAACAAAAGCAUGUUGACAGGUGUCAACAUUUCUCAAACUUGGUUGACGGAAGCGGCUUUGGUGUUAAACUGUAAAACUGGUACAAUUCCUUUUAUGUACUUAGGAUUACCUAUAGGCGGAGAUAGUAGAAGACUUAGUUUCUGGAAACCGGUAGUGGAUCGAAUUGUUGAGAGAUUGUCGUCAUGGAAUAAUAAAUAUUUAUCGCUUGGUGGUCGCUUGGUUCUUCUGAAAUCUGUCCUAUCCUCUCUUUCGGUUUAUUUUCUUUCCUUUUUCAAGGCGCCUGCAGGUGGUUUGGGGGUGCGGAGGUUAGGUGAAUUUAAUUUAUCUUUGUUAGGGAAAUGGUGUUGGAGGUUGUUGAAUGAGAAAGAAGGCUUGUGGUAUCGUGUCUUAAAGGCACGGUACAGGGAGGUAGGUGGUAGAAUUCAGGAAGGAGGGAGAGAGGUGUCUGGUUGGUGGCGUAUGUUGUGUAAGGUGAGGGAUGGCGUAGGAUCGGGAGUAGGUAACUGGUUUGAUGUUAAUGUUAGGAGGGAGGUAGGAAAUGGUAGUAAUACUUUCUUUUGGACUGAUAAAUGGCUUGGUGGAGUACCUUUAAAGAUUCAAUUUAGUCGUCUUUAUGAUUUAUCCAUGCAUAAGGAGUGUUCGGUGGCAGAUAUGGAGCGUUGGGGGUGGUUGGAGGGCGGCAAUGGGUGGGUUUGGAGACGGCGGUUGUUAGCAUGGGAGGAGGAGAGUUUGAGGGAGUGUAUCACUUUACUGGAUAACGUUGUUUUGCAGGUUCAUAUUCAGGACCGUUGGCGGUGGUUACUCGAUCCUGUUCAUGGUUAUAGUGUUGGUGGGACUUAUCGUUUUCUCACAAAUUCUGAAGAACAGGUGGCUAAUGAUGUUUUUAUUGACGUGUGGCACAAAUUGGUCCCGACAAAAGUGUCGCUUUUUGCUUGGCGGUUGCUUCAAGAUAGAAUUCCUACAAGAGCAAAUUUGGUGUGUCGUCUCAUCCUUCAACCAAACGACAAUUUUUGUGUUGGAGGGUGUGGACUAUCCGAAACGACGGGUCAUCUUUUUAUUGGAUGCGAACUUUUUGGAAGUGUCUGGGUUUUACUUUGUCAAUGGCUUGGGUUUUCUUUUGUUCCUCCAGGUUCUACUAAGGAUCAUUACAGUCAGUUUACUCAUUUGGCGGGUUUGCCUAGAUCUACUCAUGUGUUUUUUAAGGUUAUUUGGCUUGCUUGUGUUUGGGCAAUAUGGAAGGAGCGAAACAACUGUGUUUUCAAUGAUACAGUUAUUGAUCUGAAUGCCUUCGUCUACCAGGCAUCCUCCCCCCUUAUGAUCCAACAUAUUGGUGCUGAUAACAGUGGAAAGGUCUCGUUGGGGUCCCCGUUGAUCUUCUUCUCGUUGGUGAAUCCCAUGUUUGGUCUUGUUUUCACUCUUUUUGCGGCCAUAGCCGCAUUGUCUGCCACCCUAGGUUUGGUGGUCUUCCUCUUGGACGCUCUUCUUGGAUUUUUGAUGGUCGGGUUAGGUAUAUCCCUCCAAUGUUUGGUUGCACCUGCUGGUCACAUGAUGAUCCUUGCAUGUGGGGUCUUACCACCUGAAAGAUUCUCUAGGGUACUAGUAGGGAUUGUAAGUUGGUUCUCUCAAGAAGAUAGAUUGGGCUUAAUCAAGGCUUCAAAGGAAGUGAAUAAUUUCAUUCCACCUCCAAAGGACUUGGGGGUCUUUCUAACCGUUCUUGAUAUCGAAGGGGGUUCAUUUACCGGACGUAGCAUUGAAGACUCGAGUGAAGAGAUCGAAGGAGUGCACGGGUAA